AUGAUGGACAUAGAUGAAGAGCAGGGAAAUCCCAAAGACCUUUUAACAGAGCGUAACUCAAAAAUAUGGGAAAUAUUCGUAGAUGGAUCAGUGAAUGGAGAAGGAAACGGUAUAGGGAUAGUGAUCAUAUCACCGCACGGAGAAAGAGUAGUGCACACAUUCAGAUUAGAGUUCGCAUCCACUAAUAGUAAGACAGAAUAUGAUGAAGUCGUACAUGCGUUAAGACUCGCAGGGGAAAUGGAGUUAGAUGACAUCAGGAUAACUAGUGAUUCACAGCUGGUAAUAUACCAAAUACAAGGGUUGUACAAUACAAAUGAUCCAUCUUUACAAAAUUACAAGCGACUUGUCACAGAACUCUCAGCAAAAAUAAAAAAUGUAGACUGGAGACAUAUAUGCAGAAAUGAAAAUAGAUUCGCAGAUGCAUUGGCAUUCGUUGCAUCUAUGUUAGUAGAUCCUACCGCACGGUACAUAAAGAUAGAGACGCUCUCUUAUCCGUCAAUCAAGAAACAAGAAGAAGACACAGAUGUUAUGGUAGUGGAAAAUGUAGAAGAAGAUCAAGCAGAUAAAGAGACAGAUUGGAGAAAACAACUUCAUUUAUAUCUGGAAAAAGGGAGAAGUUCCAAGAAGCAUAUUAGAGGCGCCCAAGUUAAAAAGUAG